CAUUUUUUCAAUUAUAUAAACGAGAUAAUAGAUAAGAGUUACAAAAUCUUGAAAAAUAUGAGAAAUUUGGUAAAUAACAGAAGGAACUUAUCAAAAGAAUAGAUAUAGAUAGUUGCAUCUACAUACAUAGAGAUUGCCUAAUUUGUGUUGACAAAAUUAACAAAAAUAACCAUUUAUAUAAGUUCAACGUUCAAUUAUAAUCCUAGCCGAAGAUAAAAUCUUAAUUCUGAUAUCAAUCUUAGAUCGGGAUUAUAGAUGUUUUCUAAAUUUUGCUAUUCAGGUCAUCACUAUGAAUGAACUAUCCUUUAGUACGUGAUUUCAAAGUGUGUGUAACGAUUAAUAUUUAUCUUUAAUCGCGAAAGAAUUUCAGGAAGACACGAUUUCGAAAGGUUUCUUUCGAUGCUAUCAUACCGUAAAUCUAGAUCGUUGACAAAUCGGCUGGCAAGCAAAUGGCUCAUAACGAUAAGAGAAAACGACUUUCGGCCGAUGGUGGCGGUAGCACAUACUAUACGACGUGAUAUAUCGGAAAGAGCGCAGUGUUGUCCGAUGCGCCGUCGCGCACCGUCGUCGCUUUCUCGAUCGCGCGACCGCGAGAUCGCGAUCGAGAGAAGCUUAGUGUAUCGGAGAUCUAUUGCGACACAUUUCCAAUGAAGUGUCGGUGAACCUGUCAAAUCUAGCGCGAUGCAUAGAAAUCACUUGGUUUACGACUAUUUUUGAGAUUCUACAUUCCAUAACUCUCUCUCUAUUCCAAGUAGCGGGACUUAUCAAUAUCAUUUCGAAACACGAAAUAACGGAGCUUAAUAAUCGUGUAACUAGAAUAAAGUGUAACUAGAAUUAACUUUUGUGGACUGGUUAAUAUAUUUAAAAAAUAGACAUUUUUUAUACUCUUACAAAUCUUGUUAUAUUUUUUUCUACUCGACGUCACAUAGGAUUGGCUAAAUAGGUUUGCAAAUGCAACACGGUAAGAAUUGCAACACGAUUGUGAGAACAGGAUAUAUUCACCUCACAAAGAAAGAGAUCACCGAGAACCGCAAGAAAACUCACAGCAAUUCACUGUUGCUCAUCGUACGACGGCAAGAUGGAUACAGCGAAUGGUACUAGAGCCAACGGCCUUCUACAUUUGAAGAAUGGCGUUGAUUAUAUCAAUCCCGGUGAAGAGGACCAGAUGGAAAUUUACGGUUAUAGACGAAACCGCAUGCGGACCGUUAUUAUCUGGUUCCUGAUUAUCAUUACCGGAGGCUUCCUGAGGCUGAUAUUCCAUUGGGUCCCACGUCUCAUGCUUUUAGCCACUCAUACCAAGUGCUCUUUGGAAGAAGCGGAAACCGUUUUGUUGAUCGAGAAAUUUCAAGGAAAACACACGAGUCAUUACGUGAAGAAGUUGAGGAUUUUGACCGCUCAGGAGAUUAUUAAUAAAUCUUUCCAAGAAGAAUCUCUAAUCGAUGAAGCAUGGGACGGGAGUGUAAUAACCGCCAGAGAGGAGAAGGAAACCUCCCCGAUGUUGUCCGUGCAUCUUUCCGGGGGUCAAUUCAAACAGGUGCCAUCCAUAACCAUCUUCAAUUGCAAGAAGUUGACCUACGUUUGGGACCCGGAAAGAUCGGAAUUCUUGAAACUGCGUGGCCUCGACACCGACGUUCUUACGUCCACGUUACAUCAAGCACAAGGUCUCAGUUCUCAGGAGCAGUACAUGAGGCGCAACGUUUACGGCAACAACGAGAUCGUGAUUCCCGUGAAAAGCAUAUUCACGUUACUCUGCCUCGAGGUGCUCAACCCGUUCUACGUCUUCCAACUAUUUAGUUUUUGUCUGUGGAUCGCAGACGACUAUUAUUACUAUGCCAUGGUCAUUCUCACGAUGUCAAGCGCCGGAAUUAUAAUGGCAGUCUUCCAGACGCGACGAAAUCAGCAUAAUUUGCGCUCGACGGUGCAUUCGUCCGAUGUCGCCACGGUCAUGCGAGAUCGUACGACCAGUCAAACCGCAAUAGUGCCGACCGAACGUUUGGUACCCGGUGACGUCUUGGUCAUUCCAUCUCAUGGAUGCCUAAUGCCAUGCGAUGCCGUGCUGUUGACCGGCAACUGUAUCCUCAACGAGUCCAUGCUGACGGGAGAAUCUGUACCUGUCACGAAAACGCCAGUUCCUUCUUCCAACGAUGUGAUAUAUAAUACCAAAGAACAUGCUAGGCAUACGCUUUUCUGCGGUACCAGAAUUAUACAGACAAGAUACUACGGUAGUGAGAAGGUAUUGGCUGUGGUCAUCAGGACAGGUUUCAAUACCAGCAAAGGAGAUCUUGUGCGAUCCAUCAUGUAUCCCCCGCCCGUGGAUUUCAAGUUUGAACAGGACUCGUAUAAAUUCGUUAUAUUGUUAGCGUGCAUAGCCAGCAUCGGCGUCGUUUACACAAUCGUGACGAAAAUAAUGAGAGGCGUUCACGGCAGUCAUAUUACUCUGGAAGCAUUAGAUCUCAUCACUAUUGUAGUGCCACCGGCAUUACCAGCUGCCAUGACGGUCGGACGUCUCGUAGCACAACGUAGAUUGCAAAAUAAUAAAAUAUACUGCACGAGCCCGAGAACGAUUAACGUGUCAGGAUCCAUCGAUUGCAUUUGCUUCGACAAGACUGGAACGUUGACCGAAGACGGUCUGGAUAUGUGGGGUGUGGUGAGCGUAUCUGACGGAAAGUUUCAGUUGCCUGUCAAGGACAUCGCUAGUCUGUCGUUGUCCGAGGUUCUUAUCGGCAUGGUUACAUGCCACGGAAUCACGAUAAUCGACAACCAAUUGGUAGGAGACCCGCUCGAUCUAAAAAUGUUUGAAUCCACUGGAUGGACGCUGGAGGAACCUGAUGUAUCCGAUACAUCUAAAUUCUCCAUGCUUUUUCCGACGAUCGUUAGGCCAGCAAAGGAUUCCAAGCUUCUCAAGAAACUGCCCAACGAUUUGGGCGGUACGCUCAGUCGACAAAACUCCGUGUCUUCCGACGUAAUGGACGGAAUAUCUCUCAGCAACCUCCACGACGCUACGUUCGGUGAUUCUUCGACGGAACUGGAACAAGGACUGGAAGUGGGCAUUGUCCGGCAAUUUCCCUUUACAUCGAGUUUACAGAGGAUGAGCGUGAUCACCAGGACAUUGGGCGCCAAUCACUAUGAACUUUAUUGCAAGGGUAGUCCAGAGAUGAUCCUCAGUCUCUCAAGAGCAGAAUCUAUUCCUUCAGAUUUUGCGGCCGUUCUACAAGAAUACACGUCCGAGGGAUAUCGAGUAAUCGCCCUCGCGCACAAAUCUCUGAACCGUCUUCCGUAUGCCAAAGUGCAACGCAUAAGUCGUGAAGCCGCCGAAAUUGAUUUGACAUUCUUGGCGCUUAUAAUUAUGGAGAACCGACUGAAACCCGAAACCUCACCAGUGAUCGCCGAACUGAACACCGCUUGCAUCAAGACGGUGAUGGUGACGGGCGAUAAUAUGUUGACCGCACUCUCUGUGGCUAGAGAUUGCGAUAUUGUAAAGCCAGGCACGCCGGUUGUCGCCGUCUCGACGAAUCAGCAGAAUCAGCUGAAACCGCAAAUCUAUUUCACGAAGAGCGAUAGUCAACCAUCACCGACUUCACCGAACGGUCAGCCCGAUCUCAGCGAAAUGACCGAUUUGAACAGCGUGGUUAGCUUGGAAACCGUCGAGAGCGGCUCUUUCGGCAACACCAAGUUGGAGGACGAUAUCAAUUAUUUAUCGGACGAUGUACAAUACCUAAAGAAUAAAUACGUAUUUGCAUUGACGGGAAAAACGUGGGCGUUGAUGAAGCAGUAUUACCCAGAACUAAUACCCAAAGUGGUCACCCGCGGUGCCAUUUUCGCAAGAAUGUCGCCCGAUCAGAAGCAGCAGUUAAUUCAAGAACUACAGUCCUUAGGAUACUACGUUGCCAUGGUGGGAGAUGGUGCUAACGAUUGUGGCGCGUUGAAAGCGGCGCACACCGGGAUAUCCUUAUCGGACACGGAAUCUUCCGUCGCAUCGCCCUUCACCAGUCGCGAAACCAACAUCUCCAGUGUUCUAACGGUGAUACGCGAGGGUCGCGCCGCGCUGGUGACCUCCUUUGGCAUUUUCAAAUACAUGGCUUCCUACUCGCUCACUCAAUUUAUCUCGGUGAUGCUCCUCUACAGCAUUGAGUCGAACUUGACGGACAUCGAGUUUCUGUACAUCGAUCUCUUCAUCAUUUCCAUAUUCGCUUUCUUCUUCGGUCGCACCGGGGCUUAUGAGGGCCCGUUGGUAAAAAUGGCGCCGCUCAACAGCCUCAUUAGCACAUCGCCAAUACUCAGUUUGAUCACCCAACUUCUAAUCGUCGCAAUUUUCCAAUACACAAGUCUCUGGCAUCUGCGUCAGAUGCCAUGGUUCGUGCCAUUCAACCCAACCGCAACUGAGGAUAAGGAUGACGUGGGUUGCAUGGAGAAUUACACGGUCUUCAUCGUCAGUUCUAUGCAGUACAUCAUUCUGGCGGUAGCGUUCUCCAAAGGACCACCGUACAGAAAGUCUCUCUUCACCAAUUACGGCCUACUCACCUCCUUCGUUUUCCUUAGUCUCUUUUCCAUUUAUCUCGCGAUAUGUCCCUUCGAAUGGCUAACUACGUGGUUCCAGCUCGUUCUGCCCAACGAUCUGGGCUUCCGUUUCGUUCUAGUUGGCUAUGGCGUGGUAAAUUUCGUGAUUGCGUUACUGAUUGAGUAUAUCUUUGUGGAGUAUCUUGUGUUCGGCAAGUUGCGCUAUCGCUGGCACGACGUGGAUAAAUCUCGACGGAAGUUCCUAGCCAUCGAACGAGACAUGGCGCGCGAUUCCAAGUGGCCGCCGAUUUCCCAGGAGCCACUUCCGGAAGUAGCGCCGAAUUUAUUAAUUCGGCAGAAUGUCACCGAGAUCAAAAUUGAGAAACGGAUCACCGAGUCAUGCCUUCCCGCCGACACUAGCUUCAUGAAUACCUCGCCGAUUUGCGCCGGUUUCAAACACUUCGGCUCCGCCCGCGAAGUUACUCUCAAUCCCAGAUCCCUCUUCGACGAUUGUCGAAACACAGUGUCGAUGCAGACGGUGCCGUGCUUCGAGGACAAGGACUUGUCGACGAAACAACCAGAUGCGGAAACUAAAGUAAAACGACGACACAAUUCGGAAUCGGCAAAUGGCAUCAAUCGCUACGAGAAACCCUACAUGAAUCACAAUACCAAUCCCAUUGCCACGCUUCCCAGAAAUCCUAACGCAACCCCUCAACCGCAGAAGCUGAGAGACUUCAAGGAUGUCUUAGUGCACAAGAGCGACGAUCGAGUGUCCAACACCAAGAACGUGCUUGAAUUAGAUAUCCUGCCGUCCUGAGGUUCAAAGCACUCGAAAGAUCGGUCGAGAGGUAGCUGAGUACCUUGAAAUCAAUCCAAUAGCUAAUUAAUUCAGAAUAUUAUUCAAUCUUCAUUUCUAAUCGACGCAUUUAGGGCAUCGAAGCGAUAAUUAUACGAUCGAUAUGAGGCAUAAUCUGAAAAGCCCGGAUCUUUGACACAGCAAUUUCGUGUUUUAAAUGCCUGAUGCUCUUGUAAUCUCAAUUUUCGAUAAGCUCUCCUUCCAUCCGGUAUUUGUGAUAGCCAGAAUACGUAUUUGAUAUCAUUAAGAUGAUGAUAAUUCGUUUUAUGUAAGAAGUGAAUGGCGCCCGACUUGAAUUUCAUACUUGAUCAGGCGAUUUCUGUGAGUCGAUGUGUUUAGUCAGUAAUAGUAUCCACUACUUGGGGAUUAGUGACGUUACUUAAACUAUGUAGGAAUAAACCGGACAUUAGAACAGCAUUAAAGCUGUUUAGUCAUUACUUGCGAUCUCUCGCUAUUUAAUUAGACUUUAUCAUUUCAUUAUUCUUUUGUAGAACGGCUCCUCUUUCGCUUGGAAGUAAUUAUAAUAUUUAAUACGUAAUUUGUUGCAUAUUUGCGUAUGUAAUUUAUUACAUUUAUCAAUAUGUAAUUUAUAUAAUUAUUAUUUAAUUUCCUAAUCGUAUAAAUCGCUUUCUAACUUAGGAUUAUUUAUAUUUCGACUCAGGCCAGGGUCCCUUUUGACCCAUUCCUCCUUUAUGCCCUAGUCCUCUUCCUCCUUUCUUUUAUUAGAAUCCGGAAGCAGAAAAGUAUUAUUGUUAUUUAUCUUCGAAAACGAGAAAUUGUAAAUUGUAUAUUGUAUAUUGUAUGAUAUGCAAAGCAGAAUCCUCUGGACGGAGCGUAGGGUAUUAUGUUUUAAAGAUCUAAAUGUUUACGACAACAUUUAGCCCAUGAUCUUAAAGUGAAGCGUGAACUUCGAGAAUAAGUCAGCGUGAUAAUAUCUUUUUUCACUACGAUUCGAACGAAUACUUAAGCUAACUUGCGACUUACAAUUAAUCCUCCAAAGUACGUUUAGCUGGCACGAAAUUGACAUUAACUAUCUGGCCGCUAUUUCCCGACUUGUUUCCCCGAUGCAUUUUUUAUAGCCCCGAGUUUUAUUUGUAUUUAUUCAAAUAGCAUGAUUGUACAUAAGUAAUUUAUAUAUAGCGCAUAACAUAUGCGCAUUGCAUUUUAAGAAACGAUAAGAUUCGAGAAAUAAUUAGGAAUGAUGAUUGUGGCUCAAUGUGAUUGUGAAAUUGAUUCGUUGCUAAUAUUGUUAAACGUUCAUCUCGAAAGUCAUUCCACGAUGAAAAAUUUGACUUGAACUAGAAAUGAUGUUGUGCGAGGAGUUUGGUGACAUAUUUAGGCGUAUUACAUUAAGUAAUGGAAUUAUCUUGAAUAUUAUGCGACGUUAUAAAAUAGGCUAAACCGACAGCGAUAAACUAUUGUCGCUACUCGGAGCCGAUUACGUACUGUUAAACAACUAGGUAUAUCAAGAUAAAAAAAAUAUGUACUUACAAAAUAUGCGCAACGGAUAUAGAUACUUAAUUGCGUUGGUUUACCUACGACGCUACAGUUCGUGUUGAAAAGUAGCGGUAGUCAAAUAAAAUAUGUUUUUAAUGUA